AUAAUUUAUUCAGCAAGAAGUGUGUGGAGAAGAUAGAAAAUCAUCACGCUACACAUAAAAUAGUUGAAAUACAAAAAUUGAUUUAUGAAAGGGGUUGUCCCAUUAUAUUUAGCCUCGUGAACUUCAAAAUAAUUUCAUUUUUUCUACAAACUUCGAGUAGCAUUUGUCCUCAACGUUAAAAUCCGAUCCAGGGGAGGAUAGCUCAUAGAUGGAGCACCAACGUUGGAUGGUCAAUAUGCACAUAAAUGUCUAUGAUUCCUCGUUUAAUUAAGACCGUUGGUAACUAUACCCACUACUUUUUUUAACGAUCCAUACUGUUCAACAAAGAUUUUAAGAAGCGACAAAAAGUUCAGAGGAGCAGGGUCUUAAUCAUUAUUCUCAUAAAACUGUACAAUUGGCUUCAAAGCUUGACAGAAUCUUAAAAAUCCUUUCUAUGAGUUGUGCAGACUCUCGAGGGAGAUCUUAUGUCUUUUUAAGUACCCGAAGUUUUUAAGCUCGAACACGAAUCAAAACCAAAAUUUGGAUAUGGGUAUUUCGAAGCAGGCUCUUAUUUGUAGCAGGAGCAUGCUAAUUAUUUUGUUGUUCGUGUCGGUAUCAGCUUGGUGUGUGACGGGAGAAGCAGAAAAGGUAUCAGUGGACCUUUACUACGAAUCCCUAUGCCCUUACAGUGCAAAUUUCUUUGUUAAUUACCUCGACAAGUUCUUUACAGAUGGGCUUAUCGAUAUUGUUGACCUGAAACUUUUCCCUUAUGGAAAUGCAAAGAUUGGCCCCAAUGAAACUAUCAGUUGCCAGCAUGGUCCAUAUGAGUGUGUGCUCAAUACCGUUGAAGCAUGUGCAAUUGAUGCAUGGCCUGCUUUGAACCAGCACUUUCCAUUCAUUUCCUGUAUUGAAAACUUUGUGUUGGCACAUGAAGCAACUGAGUGGAAAACAUGUUUUGAAAAGACCAGCUUGGACCCGAAGGUUAUCAAAGAUUGUUUUGAAAGUGGACAUGGGAAAAAGUUGGAGUUACAGUAUGCAGAAGAGACAAACAGUCUAGAACCACCACAUCAAUAUGUGCCAUGGGUUGUAUUGAAUGGUCAGCCACUUUAUGAGGAUUACGAGAAUGUAGAAGAAUAUAUAUGCAAAGCAUAUGAAGGAACUCUGCCUCAGGCUUGUGGAAGUCUCUUGGAAAGACAGUUUUCAGCAAAUGUAAAAGGAAAGGGGGAUGGCAAUAGGUUUUGCAUGAAGGAUACUCUACUAAGCUCAAUUUAGAUUACCCAAUUGUGAAAUGAGAAAGCUACAUGUUACAUUUGCGUUAUCUUUACAAGAAUGCUUUGUUUUAUCUUUUGCAUAUCUCAAACAAUUUUUAUUUGAUCAGAUGUGUUUAUGCUUUAUAUGCUUUGCUGUAAUUGAAAAUGGGAAGGAAUGUACCUGAACAAAGAACCAUACAUGGAGACUAUACAUUGUAAAUUAUCUCCGUUUCUUUUUUCAUACUUUGGAUAACUUUGUGCAUAAUUUGUAUAGUCAAUAAAGAUAUUUUAUUAAAUUUUAAAGUACUAUCAAUUUAAGGUCCA